CGCCCUGAGGAGUCUGCGGUGUGCUGGCGGCUGUGAGCUGCGAGUGCCCGUGGCGGGUCUCUGGUCGUCGUCUUUUUUUUUUUCCUCUUCUUUUUUUUCUUUUUCGUCCUUGCGCUGGAAACCAUGAACCGCAGCCGCCAGGUGACGUGCGUGGCCUGGGUCCGCUGCGGCGUGGCGAAAGAGACGCCGGACAAGGUAGAGCUGAGUAAAGAAGAAGUAAAACGCCUCAUUGCUGAAGCAAAGGAGAAAUUACAAGAAGAAGGUGGCAGUGAGGAAGAGGAGGCAGGCAGUCCUUCGGAAGGUGGCAUGCAGAGUGCACGCACCCAGGCACGCCCAAGGGAGUCCCUGGAGGAUGGUGACCCGGAAGACGACAGGACGCUGGACGAUGAUGAGCUGGCCGAGUACGACCUGGACAGAUACGACGAGGAUGACCCAGAUGCUGAGACUCUUGGGGAGUCCCUCUUGGGACUUACAGUCUAUGGGAGCAAUGAGCAAGAUCCCUAUGUUACGCUGAAGGAUACGGAACAAUAUGAACGUGAAGAUUUCUUGAUUAAACCCAGUGACAAUCUCAUAGUGUGUGGCCGAGCUGAACAGGAGCAGUGCAACUUAGAGGUGCAUGUUUAUAAUCAUGAAGAAGACUCUUUCUACGUCCACCAUGACAUCCUGCUGUCUGCCUAUCCUCUGAGUGUCGAAUGGCUGAACUUUGAUCCCAGCCCCGAUGACUCUACUGGAAAUUACAUUGCUGUGGGAAACAUGACCCCUGUGAUUGAAGUUUGGGACCUUGAUAUAGUGGACUCUUUAGAGCCAGUCUUCACACUUGGAAGUAAGCUUUCAAAAAAGAAGAAAAAAAAGGGAAAGAAGAGUUCCUCAGCAGAAGGCCAUAGUGAUGCCAUCCUUGACCUCUCCUGGAAUAAGCUAAUCAGAAACGUGUUGGCAAGUGCGUCAGCAGACAACACUGUAAUUCUGUGGGACAUGUCUGUGGGAAAACCAGCAGCUAGCCUCGCUGUGCACACAGACAAGGUCCAGACUCUGCAGUUUCAUCCAUUCGAAGCCCAGACUUUGAUAUCUGGAUCGUAUGAUAAAUCGGUGGCUUUGUAUGACUGCCGGAGUCCAGAUGACAGCAAUCGGAUGUGGCGCUUCAGCGGACAGAUUGAGCGAGUGACUUGGAACCACUUCUCUCCCUGCCAUUUCUUGGCCAGUACAGAUGACGGCUUUGUGUACAAUUUGGAUGCACGUUCAGACAAGCCAGUUUUUACACUUAAUGCACACAAUGAUGAAAUCUCCGGACUCGAUCUCAGCAGUCAGAUCAAGGGCUGCCUUGUGACUGCGUCAGCAGACAAGCACGUGAAGAUCUGGGACAUCCUAGGAGACAGGCCGAGUCUCGUUCACUCCAGGGACAUGAGGAUGGGAGUUCUCUUCUGUUCCUCCUGUUGCCCUGACUUACCGUUUAUUUAUGCCUUUGGAGGUCAGAAAGAAGGGCUUCGGGUCUGGGAUAUAAGCACCGUUUCUUCAGUAAACGAAGCAUUUGGAAGACGAGAGCGGCUUGUUCUCGGCAAUGCAAGAAGCUCAUCUGUGAGUGGCCCUUUCGGGAGCAGGAGCUCAGAGACGCCCAUGGAGUCAUGAUGAAGGUCACGGGGUUUGUCAGAGCUGCAGCCAC